AUGCCUGUAUUUGUAUGUAACUAUUCUGUCAUUGUGUUGCAGAGGAAGCCUGUUAAAAGGAGACCUCCUCCGUGCUCCCUGCAGCUCCACAACGUUAAACCUGACCAUGGGGAACCGGAGAAACCCAGCAUCGUCUCUCCGCACCCCCCCAAAGUCAAGAUGAAGACUUCCAGGAGUUCCCCCCUCAUCGAGAAGCUGCAGGCAAACCUAACCCUGUCGCCCACCUCUCUGCUACCCUCGCCCAAGAGUCCCGAGGUGAAGCUGGCGCCGACGCCCAUCUCCCCCGCAACGCAUUGCUUCUUUCCUACAAGCCCCUGCAGCCCACUCAGCCCCACCCUGAGGCCCCAGCUGUCCAGCGAGGAGGAGGAGCCGGUAUGCUUUGAGAGCCCGGCGGAGGGGACCCCAUUACCCAGCUUCAACAAGAGUCGAGUUCGGCUGUCCUUCAAGAGGCGUCCACCCACACGGCAGCACCGGCAGUUUUGUGUCGAGGAGAGCGUAGUCUCUGAGGGAGGGGGUGUGUUCCAAGGUAACCCAGACGUCCCGCAGGUGAACGGGGCCGAGGACCAGGUGGACCAGGUGUUUGAGCAGACGGAGGGGGGCGAGGAGACACAGGGAAGCCGCCCGUCUCACCCAGACACUCUGACAGAGACUGGAGACAAUGACAGGGACAGUGAACAGGCCAAAGAGGACAAAGUGCUGGAGGAGGAGACAGGAGAGGCAGCCCCAGCCACCCAGGAUGGGAGGGAGGAAGCUGGGGAACAGGCGCUAGGUGAGCCCCAGGCUUCAGAUUCUCUGGAGGCCAUAGAUAAGGAGGAAGGGUCUUGUAGCUCUUAUGGAACAAUAGGAGACAACAACCAAACAGAAGAACAGAAGGAUCCAGCCUCAGGAGAGGGAUGAAAACCUCUGAACAAUGUUUACAAAUCACUGUUGAAGAAAUCAUACAAUCAGUCAUUGGGUGAGUCCCACGUUGGCACCCUACUGCUUUAUAGUGCACUACUUUUGACCAGAGCCCUGGUUAAAAGUAAUGCGCUAUAUAAGGAAGUGGGGUCGUCAUUUGGGAUUCACCCUCAUUAAUUAUGAAACUAAUUAUGAAACUGUUUUCUAAGAACACUCUUUGGACAUUCUUCAUCCUCUUGGUUCCCAGAACUAAAUCUUUCCUUUGCACCACCUGUCACAUUUUAAUGUGUCUGUUAGCAAUGUAUAGACAAUCCUCUGCAUCGCUUUGUGUUCUAUCAGAUACUGUUGGGGGUGAUACUUUAUUGUUUCUGCAGCAGUUUGAAGUAAUAGUUAUCUUUAUAGUAUUUGGCCCAGGUGUCUCACCUCUCCUGGUCACGUCUCCUGGUCACCUCUCACCUCUCCUGGUCACCUCUCACCUGGUCAUCUCU